CGCCACCAGCCGCAGCAGGAUGUGGCACCCUACGUGCUGACCUUCCCCGAGCCCGGCCAUGGCCUCCGGCGGCAGAAGAGGGACUGGGUCAUCCCCCCCAUCAACUGCCCCGAGAACGAGCGGGGGCCCUUCCCCAAGAAGCUGGUGCAGAUCAAAUCCAACAAGGACAAGGAGACCAAGGUUUUCUACAGCAUCACGGGGCAGGGGGCGGACACCCCCCCCGUGGGCGUCUUCACCAUCGAGCGGGAGACGGGGUGGCUGAAGGUGACGCAGCCGCUGGACCGGGAGGAGAUCGAUAAAUACGUCCUCUUCUCCCACGCCGUCUCGGCCAGCGGGCAGCCCGUGGAGGAUCCCAUGGAGAUCAUCAUCACCGUGACGGACCAGAAUGACAACCGGCCCAUCUUCACCAAGCAAGUCUUCAUCGGUUACAUCGAGGAAAACGCGAAGCCGGGCACAUCCGUGAUGACUGUGAACGCCACGGAUGCAGACGAUGGCAUCAAUGUGAACAAUGGCAUCAUCAACUACUCCAUCCUCAGCGAGGAGCCCAAGAGCGCCCAACAGAUGUUCACCAUCGACCCGGAGAAGGGCAUCAUCAGCGUCAUUGGCACGGGGCUGGAUCGGGAGACCACUCCCAACUACACACUGAUCAUCCAGGCUGCGGACCAGGAGGGCAACGGCCUGACCAACACCGCCACUGCCAUCGUGGAAGUCACUGAUGCCAACUCAAUGCAUGCCAUCAACAGCACCUACAAGGCCAUCGUCCUGGCUGUGGACAGUGGGUCACCGGAUGCCACCGGCACGGGGACGCUGCUCCUCCUCCUCCGGGAUGUGAACGACAACGGGCCCACGCCGGAGCCCCGGAUCUUUGACGUCUGCAGCCGGCAGCCCGAGGAGCAGAUACUGAACAUCGUUGACAAGGACCUGCCCCCCAACACCUACCCCUUCCACGCAGCGCUGGAGUAUGGCUCCGGCACCAAUUGGACCAUCAGGGUGACCGGACAAGGUAGGUGA